CUCUCUCUAUACCUCCUCACAGUCAGGCCGAAGGAUGGUUGGAAGGUGUACAGCUCGGCCCAGGAUGCAGAGGGGAGGUGUAUCUGUACAGUGGUGGCUCCUGAACAGAACCUCUGCUCCAGAGAUGCCAAGGAGGGACAGCUCCGUCAGCUACUGGAGAAGGUCCAGAACAUGUCCCAGUCCAUUGAGGUACUGAACCUGCGGACCCAGAGAGACUUCCAGUACAUCAUGAGGAUGGAGGGCCAGUUCAAAGGGCUAAGGUCAAAGUUCAGACAGGUAGAGGCCGACAGGAAGACACAGGUCAACAGAAACUUUCAGGAGUUGAAGGGUAAGAUGGAGACCCUGCAGCCUGUGAUCCCGGUGUUGGAACAGUACAAGACAGAUGCCCAGCUCAUCUCCCAGUUUAAACAGGAGAUCAGGAACCUGUCCAUGGUGCUCACAGCCAUCCAGGAGGAGAUAGGAGCCUACGACUCUGAGGAAUUACAACAGAGGUUCCUGAGUCUGGAGAGCAGGCUACGCAACUGCAGGAGCAGACUCACCUGUGGUAAACUGAUGAAGAUCACUGGGCCGGUGACGGUGAAGACCUCUGGGACACGGUUCGGAGCCUGGAUGACAGAUCCACAGGCCUCCCCUACAAACAAUAGGGUCUGGUACAUGGAUAGCUACACCAACAACAAGAUAGUCAAAGAGUACAAGUCCAUAGCAGACUUUGUGUCCGGGGCCGAGUCUCGAACCUACAACCUGCCGUUCAAGUGGGCCGGGACCAACCACGUGGUGUACAACGGCUCUCUGUACUACAACAAGGUCCAGAGCAAUAUCGUGGUGUGUUACCGCUUCGAGACGGGCCGCGUGGUAACCCAGAGAGCCUUGGAGAACGCCGGCUUCCACAACGUCUACCCUUACACCUGGGGAGGCUUCUCUGACAUAGACCUCAUGGCCGACGAGCUGGGUCUGUGGGCCAUCUACGCCACCAAUCAGAAUGCAGGAAACAUCGUCAUCAGCCAGCUCAACCCGGAGACACUACAAAUCCUCGGAACCUGGAACACGGAAUAUUCCAAACGGAACGCGGGGGAGUCCUUUAUGAUCUGCGGAACACUCUACAUCACUAACUCUCACCUGACUGGUGCUAAGGUUUACUACUCAUACUCCACCAAGACCUCUAACUAUGAGUACACAGACAUCCCCUUCCAUAACCAGUACUUCCACAUGUCCAUGUUGGACUACAACGCCAGGGACCGGGCUCUGUACGGCUGGAACAACGGACACCAGGUUCUGUUCAACAUCACGCUGUUCCACAUCAUCAAGACAGAGGAUGAUUCCUGAGGAUGAAGAACUCAUAGGAACUCAGAGGAACCCACUGGAACACUGACUAACAUUCCUGGUGUUCCGGUGUUCCGUCAGUCAUUGAUGGAGUUCUAUUGUUGUGUCUCUACAUUUUAUUUUUUGCUCUCUUCUUUUGACAGUCCAUCUUCGGCUCUCUUGGUUUCUUUUCAAAGUCCUAAUGCAAGGCUUAACAUUGAUAGUUGCCUGGAUGGCCAGGGUAUCGAAGACUUUGGCCUGCAAACUCUGGAAAAACUGGAUAAAGUCUCAGCACACUUCCUGUCGAAUGCAAAUGUAUUGUAAUAGUUGUUUGGCCUCCAAAAAGCAUGACAAACUCAUAAUAUUCUCUGAUAGUUCUACAUAGCAAUGCCAUUUAAUAUUCUCUGGUAGUUCUACAUAGCAACGCCAUUUCAAAACAAGCAUCUGGCCCGGUGAAAUUGAGAGCCUUCUUUUUUGGGGUUCUCUUAUUUAUUGUAUGCAACUCUCUUUGUUCACAACCUUUCACGUGGACUGUACUCCUCUCCUCUCAGCUGCUCUACACUGGAUCCUGUAAGUCUGAGACCAUGAGAGAUUUGGUGUAGGGUUAGUCAAUUUGAAUUCAAGCCAGUCAAUUCAGGAAGUAAACUGAAAUUCCUAUUGAAUAAUUGAAAAAAAAGCCAUCUACUUUCGAUAAUGUCUCAAUAAACUGAAAAGGUGUAAAAGUUUUGGAAUUGUACAUUUAAAACACUUCCUGAAUUGACUGACUUCAAUUCCAAUUGACCCCAACCCUGAUUGGGUGGGUUUGGGUAACAUGCCUCUGAUUGGGUGGGCUUGAGUAUCAUGCCUCUGUAGCUUUUGUAUCCGUAGCAACAGUAUCAAUAGGAGUAUGCUUUUAUUCAGUCUGUUCUGUGAGCCCAUUUGAUAACAGGUGUCCUGAAUGUCCUCAUAGCAUCUAGAACUCUCUAUGGCUUUCAUCCCAAAUGUCACCCUAGAACUCUGAUCAAAAGUAGUGCACUAUAUAGGGAAUAGGGUGCCAGUUGAGACUACGCCAUUUAGGGAAUAGGUUGCUAUUUGAGACUGCACUACAUAGGGAAUAGACUGAGAUGGUUAUCCUAAUAGUAUCUGUAACUCUGUCUGUGGACUCUCUGUCAGCAACCAUCUCAGUCUCUCCCAUUGUGAUGCGCGUCAUUAUUACUGCUGUAUUAUACUGUACAGCAGCGGUGUCAAAUUCAUUCCACAGAGGGCCUAGUGUCUGUGUCCUUUCAAUUAAGACCUAGACAACCAGGUGACGUAAGAACCAACGCUGGAGAUGAGAAGCAGGUACAGGAAGUUGAACAUUUAACGAACGGACAAGUGACAGAACAGGAACAGAGUCAGAACAGGGGGAACAAAACGACAUGACGACAAUAAUGCUGAAGCAGGGAACAACCUCAGAACAGACAGAUAUAGGAGAGGGAAUGAAAGCAGGUGAUUGAGUCCAGGUGAGUAUAAUGAAGCGCUGACGAGGGAAACAGGUGUGCAUAAUGAUGGUGGCAGGAGUACGUAGUGCUGGGCAGC